AUACCAAUAUGAGCUGCCUGGGUGGGGUCGAGAAGACCCCUCUCUCCCAAACCCGCAGCCUCACCGGUUCCGACCAUGUCCCAGGAGGUCCGGACCCACACCAGUGCCUGAGCCUCCGCGACGAAACCGAGGCAUCACAGAUCCCAGUCGGUGGCGGUGGCAGUCGUGUAGCUGUUGGAGCUGGGCAGGAAGAGGCUGCGCCUCCCACAGAGGGCCUGGAAGCAGCCUCUGUGUUGGCGGCAGCUGUUUUCAAGAUGAAGAAAGGCCCUAAAACCUGUGGUGCAGAGAGGCUGUGGUCUGAGGUGAUCGUGGGUGCGAAGGAGGAUGUGAAGUCGCAAGAGUGCGCCACCCUCCCAGUAGCAAUGGAUGACGAGGGCAGGGCUGAGGUGGUGGAGAUAGAAGGAGUGAAGGAGAACGAGGUGGUAGAAGAUCCAAUGGAGGUGGAGGAGAAGCCAGUAGGUGAAGAAAUAGAAGUGGUGGAGGAAAACAGAGUGGUAGGAGAGGUGAAGGAGGAGGCAGGGCCCUGGCCUCUGAAUGUGGCUCUCCGCAUGGACCCUCUGGAGGCCAUCCAACUGAACUGGACACUGAAUGCUCAGGCUGACAGGGCCUUCCAGCCGCUGGGGCACAAGUUUGGGCGGAUGCGUGGACACUGCCUGGAGCGGAGGAACUAUAUCAUUCAGAACAUCCCGGGCUUCUGGAUGACUGCCUUUCGGAACCACCCGCAGUUGUCUCCCAUGAUUAGGGGCCAAGAUGCAGAGAUGUUAAGGUACAUAACCAAUUUGGAGGUGAAGGAACUCAGACACCCUAGGACUGGCUGCAAGUUCAAGUUCUUCUUUCGAAGAAACCCCUACUUCAGAAACAAGCUGAUCGUCAAGGAAUAUGAGGUCAGAUCCUCCGGCCGAGUGGUGUCUCUUUCCACCCCAAUCAUAUGGCGCAGGGGACAUGAACCCCAGUCCUUCAUUCGCAGAAACCAAGACCUCGUCUGCAGCUUCUUCACCUGGUUUUCAGACCACAGCCUUCCAGAGUCUGAUAGAAUUGCUGAGAUUAUCAAAGAGGACCUGUGGCCAAAUCCACUGCAGUACUACCUGUUGCGUGAAGGAGUCCGUAGACCCAGACGUCGCCCAAUAAGGGAGCCAGUGGAGAUACCCAGGCCCUUUGGGUUCCAGUCUGGUUAACAUCUGUCCUUGAGAAUACUGCACAAGGUCCCCUGUCACCACCUGAUAGACCUGUGCUUGGGCAACAACAAUGGGUAUGCCUUCUA